AUGAAUCAGCAACCCAUGUACGGCGGGCCUCGACAGGCGACGCCUCUCACGAACGGCGCUCAACCUCGCCAGAAUGGCAGGCCGGGGGAGCAGCAAGAGAGCAAUCAGUCCCGUGCCGCUCGGUUUGAAGAUGAGAAGCAGCGCAUCAUUGAGGCAUGCUUCAGCAAACGAGAUCCCGAAGGAAUGCAACUAGAGUCGUAUAUCACCCACGUCAGAGUCCUCGAAGACGCCUCGUACCCGUCCUCACCCCCUCCGCCCGACUCUCCUCCCUCGAACAAGAAGCACCGGGUCAUCCUCGUUGCAGUCCGCCGUUCCGGCAAGGUGAGAGUUCACAAGGCCCGCGAGAAUCCCAACGGCUCUUUCUCCAUCGGCAAGACAUGGAACCUCGACGAAUUGACCGCCAUCAUCUCGUAUUCUUCCCUCGUGCCAGCGAAUCCCCAGCAGCAGAUGGAGAAGCAGUGGGCGUCGAACACCGGCUUCACCGUCUCCCUGGGCAAGCCAUAUUUCUGGGCUGCGGCGACCGCGAAAGAGAAGGACUUCUUUAUUGCCAGCCUCAUCAAGAUAUACCGGAAGUACACUGGUGGGAAGCUCCCAGAGCUUAUAGGAUUCGCUCCCCAGGAAGUCCAGCAGCUCGCUGGAGUGCCCCCGGGCCAGAACACUCCUACAACCGCGACCGCGUUCUCUCCUAUCAUCCCAAAUCCAACUCCUCCGCCUCCCGGUCAACAGCGUUUCUCUCCACCUCCUGUAGUACCUGCGUUCAAUAACAAUCGACCACAAUCUCCAUAUGCGGCAGCCCAGCCACCUCCGAGCCGGGAUGGCCCUCGAAUCGAUCCCCAAGAACAGCGUCAGGCCUUUGGCCGCCAGGAAUUCCGUCCACCCACGAGAGAACAAGCUCGGCCGCCUUCGUCGCAUGUGGAGGAACGAGAAAGGGGGGUAGGCCUGCCACCGAGACCAAUUCGAAGAGUUCCUCCGCCAGACGAAUCUCGCAACCAGCCUUAUGCCGCUCGUCUUACCCAAGAAGAUGCUCGGAAGCCAUCGUUGGCGGAUACCCUACAGCCGGCGCCGCUUCGGCCGUCUCUCAGUCCGAAGGCUUCCCAAUCAUCGCUUGAGCGCGUCGAACCUUCUCUUGAACCGCAACCUCUGAGACCGAAUGGCCUUGGAGUCACAACGGCUGGCAACCGGGAUUUCUCACCAAGAAGAGCUGGGCCGACACCUGGUCAAGAUCUGCCGCGGGAUGGUGGGCGGAACGAACAGUACGGCGGCUCGAGACCGAGCACAGCGACGAGUGAUCGCAGGACUCCAGACCCUCCUCCGAGCCUACCGCCGAUCCUGCCCGGCCAUCCUGCACUUGAGUCCGAGCUAUUUUCGGAGCAGAAGAAGGCAACGGCACCACCAGCACGUGCAGACUUGAAGCCUGAACAACCAGGCCCUGCAAGCCAGAGUCACAGUGCCUUUGUGACACCACAAGGGACUCCAGGCGCCACCAAAGAUGAAGAGCAGCAGCGGAAACCGGAUUACUUUGCAAACGAGAAGCCUGAGGUCCAAGGAAAGCAGUCGCAAGCAAACGUGUCUGUACCACCACCGAUUCCAGUAUAUGCUCAAGUGACGACGCCAGAACCUGAAGCUCUUCAAUCUGCAAACGAGCCUGCGUCGCCAGAGUCCGUUAAUCCCCCAGCUCCGCCAAAGACCGAGGAAGAGUUUCGUCCCGGCCUCGGACCCAUGGUCAAGAAGAAAUCCGGCAAGGACAUCGCCAACCAAUUCAGGAAAGCCGCCUUGGCAGCUGCCGCAUUUCAGCCUCGCCAGGGUGGUGCUGGUGCGCGUUUAAAAGCAAUGCAGGACAAGCUCUCGAAUGAACCCGACGGGGUCACCAGCGUGGUUCCAGCCCCGCUGAAAAGAGGAAUGAGUGGCGACAGCGCGCGAAGCGGAACUCCUGACAUCGCCACCCCUGAUAAAGAGAAAGAUCAACCCGCUCCCAAACUCCCGCCUAAAGACGCCGUGCCGCAAGUACACAUUGAACGGACAGCUACCUCAGACAGCCUGCCUCGAACAGGGACUCCAGCAGCGAAACCGAUUCCUGCUGAAGCUGAUGGAGAAAACGAGGAGACAAAGACAGAAUCUCCCGAGGAAAUCCGCUCAGCCUCGCCUCAGAAAAGGCGUAGGCAACGGCUCGAAGCGGAAGUCGAAAAGCACUGUACAGGACUCGGCAUCGACCCGCGUCUUACCGACGGUGAGGGAGCAGAUCUUGACGAACUCAUGACACAACUCGGCUGGGAGGGAAAGCUUGCGGAAGAUGACUACGUCGACAAGUAUGAGACCGACAUCCACAGGGAGAUAGGGCGCGCUCAAGCAAGUGGCUGGCUGGGGCAUGUCGAACAACAAGAGAGCAAGGUACUCGAACUUGCUACGGCGUUCGACAAAGCUAUUGCAGAGUGCGAAGAGCUUGACGGGCUCUUGACGCUGUAUGCGCACGAGUUGGACACUCUCCACGAGGACAUUGAAUACAUCGAAGCUCAAGGACAAGGUCUGCAAGUCCAGACGGCCAACCAGAAGUUGUUGCAGGCUUCGUUGAACACUUUAUUGAAGACACUGUCCAUAUCUCCGUCAGAUCUACGAGCACUGCAAUCAGCACCCAUUGACAGCUAUGACGGUGUCACGGCGAUUGAAGGUGCUUUAGCACUUCUCUACGAUGCGAUGAUGACAAUUGACCCGGAGCUCGGCCAGAACAAGCUAAAGCGAGCUGCCUCGACUGCCAACCGCCUUGGACUGGGCAAGGAUCCCGAAGCGAGGAUUGACAAAAUGCGCGCCGUCCGCGAGAAGAAGGACGAAUACAAAGAUGGAAGCAUGAUGUUCGUCAAUCGCAUCAACCAGCACAUGAAGAUGAUGUUCUCGCUCGUCGAACAAAGGACAAGCGAAGAGAAUGCGAGCGCGAGUGUCUCUUCCGGCACCUCAUCCUUCACACUGAACCUGCGGGCGUACAAUGCGUCGAGACAAGAACUCUGGGUGUACAAUGCCAUGAUGCUUUUCGUGCGAGAAGUCAACCAGUAUGAGUGGCAGGUGUUGAUCAGUAGCUACGAGCGCAACUUCAACAGCAUUUAUCAAGAGCAGUUCCGUGACUUUGCAGAAAACCUGAAGAGGACGGUCAGGCAGCCAACGGGCGAGGAGCAGGAGCUACUGUUCACUCACCAGGAGAGAGAAAGAUCCGAUGAGUCCAAUCUCUCGACGGCAGCCCGCAAGCUUACAGUCAAAGGACGUAAGCCGGUCAAAGCCAGCACACUGAGACAGUCGUUCGGUGGGGACAGGAGGGAUGGCAAGCCCGACGCGUGGGCUAUCUUCGACACCGUCCUCGAACAGCAAGCUCUUGCAAUCUCGGAGGAGCAGAAUUUCAUUGUGCACUUCUUCCACUUGAACUCGCAAGCCGCCGAAGAUUUUGUCGAAGUGAUCAGGUCUCAACCUCCGGAGCAGCGCAAGCUUCCCAACCUACAAGCCAAACUUCCCUACGAUCCAGAUCGCAACAUGGCCAAAAUCGUCCAGAACACGACUGAUGGGAUCUACUCAUUCUGGCCUUCACUGUUGCAAGGCCUCAUGGAAUGGGUCGUUCGCCUCGAUUCAAUGCAAGGCGUGGGCGUCCUCGUGUCCCUGGAACAGUGUCUUUCCAAAUACGAAGAAACCAACCAGGAGUUCAUCGCGAGGACGGUACGAACGCUUCAUGACCGAAUCACCGGUCUCUUCCAUAAAUUCGUCGAAGAGCAAGUACGGGCCAUCGAGGAAACGAAGGUCAAGGUCAAGAAGCGGAAGGGACUGAUCAGUUUCAUGCGCGUGUUCCCCGAGUUUGUGGCCGCGGUUGAGGAAAUGAUCCCCCCGCAGUCUGAGCACCAGGACUCGCUCGAGGUGCGCUUUAUCGUCAACGACGCGUACAAAAAGAUCCUCAAAGCCAUGUGGGAAUCCCUCAAUUUUAUUGCCAAAGAUAAUCCCGCGGCGAAUUCUGGCGGGCAAACAAACUCCAACGCUCCAUCAUCCGGCGACCCAGAGGACAAAGAAGCACUAAACUACCACAUCCUGCUCAUUGAGAACAUGGCCUUUUUUGCGGAAACGAUCUCCACACAUAACAAUGUGGUCCUCGAGGAGUGGGUUGAAAAGGCCGGACGGGAUCAACUUUCCCACCUGACGCAGUACACGGACGCGGUGAUAAGACGGCCGUUGGGCAAAUGGUUGGAUUUCUUGGAGUCGACCGAAGCACUCAUGAACAAGGGCGACGGCUCGAACGUGGCCAUCAUUGCGAAAAUGCCGUCCCACUCAAGGAGUACGGCGAAGAAGAUCCUCGGAAACCACGACGCAAGGGAAAUCAGAAAGGGCGCGGAGCUGCUUCGGAAGAGGGUGGAGAAGCAUUUUGCGGCAGAUGACGGGGAUGUUGUGGGCGGCGGCGGCGGCGGAAACAGGAGGGCACUCGUGGAGAGGGUACUCGACGAGUGUAGUGUCAGGUAUGCCCACGCGUGGGAUCGCAUGAAGGUCAUCAUCGAGAAAGUCUACGAAGGAAAUCUGGAGAUGGACUGGCGAAAGGACGACGUGCAGGCUCUGUUCAAGCGGUGA